AUGAAUACGAUGUCAAGGAUAACAACUGUUUACCUGUGGGGUCUAGGAAUUUCAGGACAGUUAGGGUCUGGUGAAAAGAAGAACAGCCCCAUUCCUCGACCAAUUAAAUAUGACGAUAAACCAACAUCACAAGUUGUACAAAUUAGUUGUGGUGGUUUAUUUACCACUGCUUUAUCGGCAGAUGGUAGGGUUUUUACGUCUGGUUGUGGUAAAAAUGGCAGACUUGGAAAUGGGGCCACCACAGAACAAUUAAAGUUUCAAGACGUGUCAAAUUUAGGAAAUACUAAUAAACGGAUAGCCAGUGGAAUUUGGCAUGGAGCUUGUAUCAACCAGCAGGAUAAUUUGUGUAUAUGGGGACAUCCUAAACCAUGUGGGAAACAGGACAGGACAAUGGCUGCAGUGCCACCCACAAUAAUUGAUGGUAUUCAAAUAUCUGGUGUAUCAUGUGGCUUUAAUUACACAUUAAUGUGGUCAUUGGAUGGUACAGCUUAUUCUUUUGGUAGUGGACAUUUUGGAGUAUUAGGCCAUGGAUCAGUUGAAGAUGUACCAUUGCCAAAAAUCAUUGAAAAACUAAUGGGACACAAAAUUACAACAAUGUGUGCAGGUUACAAUCAUUCAGGGGCAGUAACUGAUGAGGGAAAGAUCUAUAUGUGGGGUAAAGGUAGUGAUGGUGCUCUGGGGUUUGGAAAGGAUGUCCAUAAUCAGAUGGAACCCAAAGAGUUAAUAGUGAGAGAUGUGAGAUUCACAGUUUUAAGUUGUAGUGUUGGUGAACAUCAUGGCCAUACCUUGGCAAGCACUGCAAAUGGAUUCGUUUAUUCAUGGGGAGAUGGUUACAAAGGGAAAUUAGGUCAUGGAGAUCAAUGCUCUAUAGCAGAACCACGACAGAUCAACUCACACUCCUUUGAUAAUGAAAGUAUAAUAGAUGUUUGUGCAGGAGGUAUUCAUAGUUGUGCAUUAAGUAAGGAAGGCCAUGUAUUUACUUGGGGAUGUGGUAGUGAUGGUAGACUAGGACAUCCAGAGAGUAUUGGACACCGUUAUUUAUACAGAUCAGAUGUUCCCAAACGUGUUGAAGACAUCAGUAAAUAUAAAGCAUUAGGGAUAUCUUGUUCAUAUUAUCAUACAGCUGCUCUUGUAAAAAAGUGA